AUAACAAGCUGCACUCCAACUUAUCUCUCGCAAUUGUUUUCUUAUUUAUUUACUGAUAAAAUGCCGGCCACUUCAGAAAUACACACUACUGAAGCGAAUGGUGCACCAGAGGAGAAGAAGGUUCAGGAGGACGUAGCUGGUUUCUCUCUGUUCUGUGAUGAACGCGGUUAUCUGAACCAGAUUAAAUACAUUCUGCAGAAUGGCGUGAAGAAAGGAGACCGGACAGGAACAGGAGUGAUUUCUGUGUUCGGUUCACAGGCCAGAUACAGCCUCCGAGAUCAGUUUCCUAUACUAACGACAAAACGAGUUUUCUGGAAGGGCAUUUUGGAGGAGCUGCUGUGGUUCAUAAAGGGUUCAACGAAUGCCAAAGAGUUGUCAGAAAAGGGGGUGAAGAUUUGGGAUGCAAAUGGCUCUCGGGAGUUCCUUGAUAAAAAUGGUUUUACUGAGCGUGAGGAAGGCGAUUUGGGCCCUGUGUAUGGCUUCCAGUGGAGACACUUUGGUGCAGAGUACAAAGACAUGCAUACUGAUUACUCUAACCAGGGUGUUGAUCAGCUGCAGAAAGUCAUCGACACCAUCAAGUCUAAUCCUGAGGACAGGAGGAUUAUUAUGUGUGCUUGGAACCCUAAAGAUAUGCCCCUGAUGGCUCUACCACCCUGCCAUGCUUUGUGCCAGUUUUAUGUCUCUGAGGGUGAGCUAUCAUGCCAGUUAUACCAGCGAUCAGGAGACAUCGGUCUUGGGGUGCCAUUUAACAUCGCCAGCUAUGCCUUACUCACGUACAUGAUCGCUCAUAUCACAGGACUUAAGCCUGGAGAUUUUGUACAUACUCUAGGUGAUGCCCACAUUUACCUCAAUCACGUUGAGCCUUUAAGAGUGCAGCUUCAGAGAGAACCUCGUCCUUUCCCUAAACUGAAGAUCCUUCGCACUGUGGAACGCAUUGAUGACUUCAGAGCUGAGGAUUUUGAGAUUUGUGACUAUGAUCCCUACCCCACCAUCAAGAUGCAGAUGGCUGUUUAAACACUACAAACUCUUGGUAAAUGUGAAAGUACUUCCAUGUAGAUGCUUUUCUAAGACUUUGUUUUAUUGGAUUUACUGGUUUUACUGGUUUGGGAUAUGCACUGUAUGGUCAAAAGUAUGUAGACCUAUCUUUUUUAUUGAGCCUAACUGGUUUAUACAAUCAACUGUAAUUAAGAGAAAAUUUUACACACUCCAAAAGCACUUACAAAAAGUGCGGCCUUACACAGCUGCUAGGAGAAGGGGGAUCGGCAACUUCCUGUUACUGUUCAUUUGGCCAUGUAUGUGAAAGUGUGUUUAAUGUAAAAGCUUUUGUCAGUUUUCUUUGUGUAGAAUUUGUAUUUAAAAUAAACACUUUAUAUCCAAAA